AUGGCGCUGAGCGCGGAUCAGGUGAACCUGAUCGGGCAGGUCUUCGAGUCCUACGUGCUGGAGUACCACCGGGAGGACAUCCUGGGCAUCCUGAGGGAGGCGGACGAGGAGGCCCACUACCCCGUCGUCGUCGACGCCUUGCCGCUCUUCGAGGCCAACAUGGAGUAUUUCAACGCCUUCCCCAGCGAGGUCUUGCCGGUUUUCGACAGCGCGCUGCGCCGGGCCGCCCUGGCAGCUCUGCAGACCGUCACUGCCGCCGCCACCGCCACCCCUCCACAGCUCAGCGUGAAGCAGAACCUCCACGCCAGGGUGUCGGGUUUGCCUGUUUGCCCAGAGCUGACUCGAGAGCACAUUCCUAAAACCAGGGAUGUGGGUCACUUUUUGUCUGUUACUGGGACGGUCAUACGUACCAGUUUGGUGAAAGUUUUGGAGUUUGAACGAAGUUAUAUCUGCAAUAAGUGCAAGCACGUGUUUGUUGUGAAGGCUGACUUUGAACAGUACUAUGCAUUCUGUCGUCCAUCAACCUGUCUUAAUGAAGAAGGCUGCAACUCAACCAAGUUCACGUGUCUGUCUGGAACAACCUCUUCUACCUGCUGCAGAGACUAUCAAGAAAUCAAAAUUCAGGAACAGGUUCAAAGACUGUCUGUUGGAAGCAUCCCUCGUUGCAUGGUGGUUGUUCUAGAAGAUGACUUAGUGGACAGUUGCAAGUCUGGAGAUGACAUCACAGUGUAUGGAGUGGUAAUGCAGAGGUGGAAACCUUUCCAUGAGGGUGCACGCUGUGACUUGGAGCUUGUUUUGAAAGCCAACUACAUUAAAGUAAACAAUGAGCAGCUAGCAGGGGUUGUAAUUGAUGAAGAAGUCCGCAAGGAAUUUGAAGACUUCUGGGAAAAGCAUAGGAAUGAUCCCUUAGCAGGGAGGAAUGAAAUUUUGGCUAGCUUAUGCCCUCAAGUUUUUGGAUUGUACCUGGUGAAGUUGGCUGUAGCCAUGGUGCUUGCUGGUGGUGUACAGAGGACUGAUGCUACUGGAACUCGAAUCAGAGGUGAAUCUCAUCUUUUGUUGGUUGGAGACCCAGGUACGGGGAAAUCUCAGUUUCUCAAGUAUGCAGUAAAGAUAAUACCACGGUCUGUGCUUACUGCAGGAAUUGGAUCUACAAGUGCAGGUUUGACAGUGACUGCUGUGAAGGACUUUGGGGAGUGGAACUUGGAAGCUGGAGCACUGGUGCUUGCAGAUGGAGGCCUAUGUUGCAUUGACGAGUUCAAUAGUAUCAAAGAACAUGACAGAACCAGUAUCCACGAAGCAAUGGAGCAACAAACCAUAAGUGUUGCAAAGGCAGGCUUGGUGUGCAAGCUUAAUACAAGGACAACCAUCCUGGCAGCAACAAACCCAAAAGGCCAUUAUGACCCUAAUGAGUCUGUCUCUGUCAACAUAGCUCUUGGCAGUCCCCUGUUGAGCAGAUUUGACCUGGUCUUAGUAUUGUUAGAUACAAAGAACAAGGAAUGGGACCGCAUCAUUUCAUCUUUCAUCUUGCAAAAUAAAGGUUGCCCAAGCAAAUCAGAAAAGCUCUGGAGCAUGGAAAAGAUGAAAACCUACUUCUGCCUUGUAAAAAGUAUACAGCCAAAAUUGUCUGAUGAGAGCAACCUGAUCCUUGUACGCUACUAUCAAAUGCAGCGUCAGAGCGACUGCAGAAAUGCUGCCCGAACUACCAUUCGCUUAUUAGAGAGUUUGAUACGCCUUGCAGAAGCUCAUGCCCGGUUGAUGUUUAGGGAUACUGUGACUUUGGAAGAUGCUGUAACUGUGGUAUCAGUGAUGGAAUCUUCUAUGCAGGGGGGUGCACUUCUUGGAGGUAUCAAUGCUUUACACACCUCGUUUCCAGAAAAUCCAAUGGCACAGUACCGAACACAGUGUGAACUCAUAUUGGAGCGACUGGAUCUGCAAGAUCUUCUGCACAAAGAGCUACAAAGACUUGACAGAUUACAAAAGGAAAAUUCAUGCCAGCUGCAGCCUGAAGCCACAAGUUUCAGUACUACUACAAGAUGCUUAGACAGGGCUAUGUUUGAGCAAUCAAAGCAAAUGCAUCAGUCAGAGCCUUCAAAUCAACAAGAGAAUAACUCCAGGCCACAGCCGCCUUUGCCUGAAGACAGCUGUGAAGGGCAUACACAACUAGAACCCCCAUGCACCCCAGUACAUGGCAAUAACAAAAACACAAAACACUUGAUUAAACAUAGUAACAGAGGUCAUGAUGGCAGCCUGGCAUGGUUUGACAGCCUGGAAGAGAGCAAUACUGAUGCUGAAGAAACUUUUCAGAAAAAGUCUCCAGUGCCCAAGAUGUCUCCAAAUGACUUGGCUUCAAAAGCCCCAUGUAAAACAUCCUGUUCUGAAGAACGAACUGCUUCAAUAUCAAGGAAGGGAAAUGGAACAGAGUCACUAGCAACUGUGAAUCUACAUGCUCCUUUGGAACAGGACAAAGUUUCCAAGAUAAGCAGGAAAAGGACUGAAGAACACAACUGUUCUUCAGAAGCAAAUAUUCAAGACUCAGCAUCACCAAGUGCUAGUGUGCAGGAUUCAGUUAUUACACAGCGGGUUUCUAAACGCUGGCAAAGACUGCACACAGAAAAAUCACAUGGAUUCUUUACAAGUACACAGGACCCCGAGGCAAAGACCCUUCCUUCAGUAUUACCUGCGUCUGGCCUGCCAGAUCUUUCAAGUGAUGCAGAUUCUGUGCUAGGGGAGGAAAAGAACAGCAUAUCUGUAGCAGCAAAAACUGCAACAAUUUGCAUGAGGAAAAGAAGUAAAGGUCAAGUAGUGAAGGAAACAAAGGUAGUAAGUUCCCAUGAGCCAGAAAUCCUUGACAGUGAAAGUCCUCCAGCAGCUAAACUAGCUAAAUUUUCUUUCAGACCAAGGACAAAACUUGAUCAUUCUUCAGAGGAGAAAAAUGAAGAAUUUUCUCUUUUUCGGAGUGAAACUAUUUUUAAGCCUGGAGAGCAGCUCCAGGGAGAGCAACUGCCAGAAGAAUGCUACCCCCCUGAGAAGCGCAAGAUGACAUUGACUCGCUUAGGAAAAAAUAGUUUGAAAAAACGAUCAAUUGAUAAUAAAGGGGGAGAAGAGCAACAAAGUGAGGCCUUAGGCAAAGAGAUUGGAGGAAGUGCAACAAUACACCCUGAUGUCAGUUUCGAUGCUGCGUCAUCUCCACCCACUGACAAGAAAAGGGAGGGAGAGGAGAAGCUUGGUGGCCCAAGCAUAGGGAAGGUGCGCCUCAGCACAUUAGCCAAACUGUCGACAUUCUCCUUUGCAUCACGUCCUGAGUCAAAAUUGGAAACCUCACCUACCAUUAAGAUUGACACUAACAAGGAAAGCCAUAGUCCAUUGCUGAAGGUGCAUGUGAGCAAUCCUAGCAGAAGGAAGAGUUUUGCUCUGGGAAAUGCUAGUAAAGCCAGUGUGGUCACACAGAAAUCUCUCUUCUCCGUAGCAGAGCUAGAUGAUGCUACAUUAGAUUUUGAUUGGGAUGAAGAGGUUAGGAAAAAUGCAAACAUGUAA